UUUAUCUCCCUUCUUUCCUUUUCCUCUUUUGACCUUACCCAUGUAGCUACCAAAACAUUACAAUAAGCAUCGCACACGCACUGCCGUACAUGUUAAUAAUAUUUCGGACCAUCAUUUGGGUUUCUUGAUCUAGCCCCUCCCUCUUCUCUCUUUCCUGUUUCGGUCGUCCUUUCUGAUCGUCUCCCUUUCCUCCUCCUGCACAUUCUCCGCCCCCUGAUACUUUUCCCGGAAAAUCUGAUCAGACCUCUUCUCUGCCGUGCCUGUGUCGAUCUCUGUUCAGUUUCUAGAAAGGCGAAAGAGUUAGCCGUCGUCAUGGGGGACUCUUCUUCUUCAUACAUCCGAAUGGUGCACCACCUGAUAGAGGAGUGCAUACUCUUCAAAAUGAGCAAAGAAGAGUGCAUGGAGGCUCUCUCCAAACAUGCAAACAUCGAGCCCGUCAUCACUUCCACAGUGUGGAAGGAGCUGGAGAAAGAGAACAAGGAGUUCUUCGAGGCCUACGCGAGGAGCAUGAGGGAGGAGGAGCGGGGCUCGCGAGCGGAGACGAGACAGAGGAUCCAGAAGAUGCUCUCCGAUGCCUCCAAACUACACGACACCCAACAUCGCUAAGCUUCGCUUUUCAGCUCCCCUCCCCCGACAGCGAUCUUUCAUUGCCGUCGUCAUGCGCCGUUGCAGCAGCUCUUCUUGCAACUUAAUAAGUAAAGCGUAUAUGCCACCUAGUCAAGCGAGUCGCGUUUUCUGGUUACAUAUAUGUAAAUAUUAGUCCACAAAUUUCGAUCUAGUACUAUAAUGGAACGUCAUUUCAGCGAUAUUUACCAGUUAGAUCUAUAUUGAUAUCUCGUUUUAACUUAUUAAGGAAAUAAUGUUCAAUCCA